CGAGAGAAGGAUAUGCCGCGCAGGCGCAGUAUGGCGGCCUUGUAUGUGUGUAUGUGAGAGUCUGACGGGUUCAAAAUGGCGGCGGCUGCUUCUAUGAAGGGGCAAAGGAAAACCAGAGACCUGGAGGAAGAAGAGGAAGACAGCAGUUCUGAUAUCUCAUUCUCGCUCUCAUCAGAAGAGUCUGAGAUGGAACCUGAAGAAGAGCGGGUCCGUUAUAGCAAAAGGCUGCGUGGUGCUAUGAGACGACGUUAUGAGGAUGAUGGCAUCUCAGAUGAUGAAAUUGAGGGGAAACGAACAUUUGACCUCGAAGAGAAACUUACCACCAACAAAUUUAAUGCCGAUUUUGUGGUCUUCAUGGAAGGCAAAGACUUCAAUGUGGAAUAUAUUCAGCGUGGUGGCUUAAGAGAUCCAUUGAUCUUCAAAAAUUGUGAUGGACUUGGAAUAAAGAUGCCAGAUCCAGACUUCAGUGUGAAUGAUGUACGACUCUACGUAGGGAGUCGAAGGAUGGUGGACGUCAUGGAUGUAAACACACAAAGGGAUAUUGAGAUGACCAUGGCACAGUGGGCACGCUAUUAUGAAACUCGAGAGGAGGAGCGAGAGAAGCUGUAUAAUGUCAUCAGCCUGGAAUUCAGCCACACACGGCUCGAGAACCUGGUGCAGAGGCCAAAUACAGUGGAUUUGAUUGAUUGGGUUGAUAAUAUGUGGCCAAGGCAUCUGAAGGAAAGUCAGACAGAAUCAACUAACGCUAUUCUGGAUAUGCAGUAUCCCAAGGUGCAGAAGUACUGUCUGAUGAGUGUCAAGGGCUGCUAUACAGACUUCCAUGUAGACUUCGGUGGCACUUCAGUGUGGUAUCACAUCCACAGAGGGGGGAAGGUCUUUUGGUUAAUUCCACCCACUCCCCAGAACCUGGAGUUGUAUGAAAACUGGCUGCUGUCGGGAAAACAAGGGGAUAUCUUUCUUGGUGACAGGGUGUCAAAUUGUCAGCGUAUUGAGCUCAAACAAGGCUAUACCUUUGUCAUACCCUCAGGUUGGAUCCAUGCAGUGUACACUCCUAUGGACACCCUGGUCUUUGGGGGUAACUUUCUGCACAGCUUCAACAUCCCUAUGCAGCUGCGGAUCUACAGCAUUGAAGACCGCACACGGGUUCCAAAUAAAUUUCGCUAUCCCUUUUAUUAUGAAAUGUGCUGGUACGUACUAGAACGCUAUGUCUUCUGCAUCACCAACCGUUCCCACCUAACCAAGGACUUUCAGAAGGAGUCACUCAGCAUGGAUAUGGAGUUAUGCGGCUUGGAGUCAGGCACUGUGGAUGAAGAUGAUGCAGCAGCAGAAAAGGAAUCGCGCCGCCCUGUCACUAGGCGGUCGGUCCUCACUAGCCCUGUAGCCAAUGGUGCUAAUCUAGACUAUGAAGAACUAAAUAAAGGCUGCCGGAGUUUGCCAGAUCUCAAGAGAACUCUCUCCAUGGACUCAGAGUCCAGUCGAGGCUCUCACAAUGGCCAAGCCUGGGACACUCAUAGCAACAGCCCUCAUAAGGGCAACAAGGUGCAUCUGACCCAAUUUGAGCUUGAAGGUCUGCGUUGUCUUGUAGACAAGCUGGAGUCUUUACCCCUACACAAGAAGUGUGUACCCACAGGCAUAGAGGAUGAGGACGCCCUUAUUGCAGAUGUUAAGCUGCUGCUGGAGGAGUACGCAAACAGCGAUCCCAAACUGGCACUUACUGGAAUUCCUAUUGUCCAGUGGCCAAAGAGGGAUAAGCUCAAGCUUCAGGCUCGGCCAAAGUUAAGAUUACCUACCAUCCCUAUCACCAAGCCACACACCAUGAAACCCGCGCCACGGCCAGCAACUGUGAGACCUACAGUCUCUCCUAUAGUGUCUGGUGCCCGCAGAAGGCGGGUGCGAUGCCGUAAAUGCAAGGCCUGCUUGCAAGGUGAAUGUGGCAUGUGCCACUACUGCAGGGAUAUGAAGAAGUUUGGGGGGCCUGGUCGUAUGAAGCAGUCCUGUGUACUACGGCAGUGCUUGGCGCCCAGACUGCCUCACUCUGUUACAUGUUCACUUUGUGGGGAGGUAGAUAAGAAUGAGGAUUCGCAGGACUUUGAGAAGAAGCUAAUGGAGUGCUGCAUCUGCAAUGAGAUUGUUCACCCAGGUUGUCUACAGAUGGAUGGGGAAGGGCUACUGAACGAUGAAUUGCCCAACUGCUGGGAGUGUCCGAAGUGCUACAAGGGAGAUGAGUCGGAAAAAGGCCAGAAGCGGAAAAUGGAUGAUGGCGAUGAUGACACAGUCCAAGCCAAAGUUCUGCGUCCUUUGCGAAGCUGUGAGGAACCUUUGACUCCACCACCACAUUCGCCUACCCCAAUGCUGCAGCUAAUACAUGACCCUGUGUCACCACGAAGCAUAGUGACACGGUCCUCUCCGGGGGCCGGUCCUAGUGACCAUCAUGGGCCCAGCCGGGAUGAACGCUUUAAGAGACGCCAGCUACUUCGGCUGCAAGGCACAGAGCGCACAGUGGUGCGGGAAAAAGAGAACAACCCUAGUGGCAAGAAAGAGCUGUCAGAAGUAGAAAAGGCCAAGCUCCAUGGUUCCUAUCUUACAGUCACAUUACAAAGACCUACCAAAGACAUGCAUGGCACUUCCAUUGUGCCCAAGCUGCAGGCAAUCACUGCCUCCUCCACUAAUCUGCGGCACUCUCCUCGUGUGGUCAUGCGCCAAAGUUCAGCCAGAGCACCCCAGCGGGGUGGAGAUGAAGAAGCAGCUGAGGAUGAAGAGGAGGAGGAAAGUGCAGAGGAGGAAGAGGAAAGUGCAGAGGAGAGUGGGGCAGCCAGACUGAAUGGCCAAGGAGGCAGGGCUCCAGAUAGUGAGGAAAUCUGGAUGCAAAAAGAGGUGUGGAUGUCUGUCUUCCGUUAUCUCACUCGCAAGGAGCUUUGUGAAUGUAUGCGUGUAUGCAAAACCUGGUACAAAUGGUGUGGUGACAGGAGAUUGUGGACGAAGAUUGACUUAAGCAGGUACAAGUCCAUCACACCUCUGGCACUGGGUGGCAUAAUCAGGAGGCAGCCAGUCAGCCUUGACCUCAGCUGGACCAAUAUUUCCAGAAAACAGCUCACCUGGCUCAUCAACAGACUACCAGGCCUCAAAGACCUCAUAUUGGCAGGCUGCUCCUGGUCAGCAGUGUCUGCUCUCAGUACCUCCACCUGCCCCCUUCUCAGGACACUUGAUCUUCGGUGGGCAGUAGGAAUCAAGGACCCUCAGAUUCGGGACUUGCUCACACCUCCAUCAGAUAAACCCAGCCAAGACAAUCGCAGCAAACUCCGUAACAUGAUAGACUUCCGGUUGGCUGGGCUGGACAUAACUGAUGCCACACUCCGGCUCAUCAUUCGCCACAUGCCUCUGCUCUCACGACUUGAUCUUAGUCACUGCAAUCACCUUACGGACCAGUCAACCAACCUAUUAACAGCUGUGGGGUCUUCCACGCGAAACUCGCUCACUGAAAUCAACAUGGCAGGCUGCAAUAAGCUCACAGACCAGUCCCUGCUGUACCUGCGGCGCAUCUCUAAUGUCACCCUGAUAGACCUGCGUGGUUGCAAGCAGAUCACCCGCAAGGCCUGUGAGCACUUCAUCUCAGACCUGUCAAUCAACAGCCUCUAUUGCCUGUCUGAUGAAAAGCUGAUCCAGAAAAUCAGCUAGAGAUUUGCCACACACAGACUGAAGAGAAGGAAAGAUCCCAGACAAACCCCUCUUGGAGAGCAGACCCUUUCCUCCCCUCCCCCAUUUCCCCCACAUCCACAGGCAGGGAAGAUGCCUGUCUGACUGUGACUGUAAUGUCCCUCCUCUCCUUGGGACUUCUGCAGACCAGAAAAUCUCACCAGGCAUUUGAGGAAGUGGCGAGAUUGCUGGACGGGUGCUCUUGUGGGGUGCUUGCUCAUCAGCUACAUGCUCUAACUUGAUGUUUUGUAGCAGCAUUUUCAAGGGGGACGUGCCCCUUUCCUUACUUCUCAACCCUUCCCCCUCUACCAUUAUAUCCCACAAGAAACAACUAUACUUACCCAUCAGAUUGUGGGGGGAGGAUCAGACCUGGAUGGUGUAGAACAGGUGCACUUUUGCACCCUGUUUCCCUGCUGUCUUGGUAUGCAAUUUCUUAAUAUGUCAUUGGGCUUGGGAGUCACUUCUCCUGCCCUUCCACACUCUGCUAAGCUUUCUUUCCUUGCCCUUCAGCAGCUGAACGGGCAGCAACUGCUCUGGGCUGAUUAUGCAGAGCAGUAGUGUAAUGUCUACAGCAGCAGUGCCUCUUGUCUGGUAAGGGACUCUCCAUGUGCCCCCAGGUCAGCCUGCAGGCACCUUCCAACAUGAGACUAGAGCGGGGGUGGCUAAGUGUUCAUACGGAGGGAACCAUGUUCUUGCCGUCAACUUUCCCAAGAAGGGGAGUUAAGCGAGCAUGCUCAUCCUCUGAAAAGAUGGCGGCGUUUGUAGAGGGAAAGCUGCAACAGAGCUUGGAGGCUUGGGAGGCAUCUAGUGGGAUUUCUUACACCAGCGGAAGUGGUCUCUGUCCCAUAGUCUGUGGAAAGGAGCAUUCUUGGGAGAUGCUGGCCAACGAAGAAAUGCCUCCAUCUUGAGGUGCAUAGCUGUUGGCUCUUGAGCUGGGAGACGGGUCAAUGCCCCAUUAGCUGCCUCUCUUUCUUUGCAAUGAAUGGCCGGUCCAAAGAACUUCUCUCUUGGGCAGCAGAGAGCUUUUUGCACUUUAGAAAGAAAGGUAAUAUUUUGGAACCCUAUUUUAUUUCCCCCUGCCCGAGUGACUGGACACUCCUUCCAGCUAUCUGAGCUUGUCAGGGUUUGAAUGCACACUUUGCACUCUGCUCUCUUCCCCAUAGCGAUAGCACAAAUUAGACUGCCCUUCACCCCGCCUCCCCCUCUGAGCCUCGCAUGGCAAAAAAGAGCUCUCCAGUGUCUGCGCAGCAAGGGAAAGGAGGAAUCUGGAGGAAAGCCCAAUCCACCCUCGCUGCUUUUGAAGCAAUAAGGGAGGGGGAGGAAUCUACCCCAUAGCUCUCUCAAUUGCCCAGCCCGAUUGCAUUGAAUGCUGCGGCACCUGAGCCUCAGGGAAGAGCAGCUUCCCCUGCACUGAUGGGGGUGGGGGAUAAAUAUCUAGAUCUACUGAAUCCCAGAGGUUCCCCCUCACUUCCACAUGAGGAGCAGGCUUCUUUGCCGAGAGGACAAUGCUAGUGUGAUGAGUUCCAGAGUGCCUCAGUACACAGGAGCUUUGCUGCAAAUUGAAUUUUUCUACAGAAAACGCCCACUGAUCUUCUUCUAGAAGUGGAAACCUUCUGCCUUGUUGUGUUGGCUCCUGUGGAAAAAAAUAUUGUAGAAUCAAUCUCUUGCUUUUGUUUUCUUUCAAAAGAGGAAGGUGAGAAUAGCCAUAAAUAGGAGGUUCAAGUGCAUCAGCCCAGAUAACUCCCACGGAGAUCUCUAGGCUCUGGAUAUUUUGUGUUUUGUUUUGUUUUUCCAAAGUGGGAGCACCUUCACAACUCUCCAUAUGCAUUGGUCAGCCGGAGAAGUGCUGAAAUGCAGCAAGUUGGCAUGUCAGGAGCAUUAGUCUGGGAAGAAUCUCGUCCUGCGGCAAGAGGGAUAAAACAAGUAGCAGACUGAUUGGGUGGGGUAUUGGCUUCGCUGUCCUACAGCCUUCUCAAAUGUGGCCCUCAAAUGACUGUGGCUUAAACUUCAAAGCAAAUUGUGAUACUUCAAUGCCUAAACUGGCCCCCACCUCAGAGGGCAAGUGAUGACAUAAAGGAAAGAGAAAUUAUAUAUGAAAUCACUUAGUGAUUUAAAACAAAAACAUGCUCCCUAAAUAAAUCUCCCUAAAGAAAGUCACUAUUGUCUAAAAGGGUUUGGUUGUUCUUUUGUGUUCUUUUGUUUUUGUUUUUUUGAAGAAAUUGUAAAUAUAUAUUUUUUGUUGCUAACUUAGAGUCAAUCUCCAAUGUUGUGCUUUAAAAUUAAAUGUAAACAUUAAGGGUAAAAGAAACCAAGUCUUGCGCUCUCUCGGUUGACAUGUUUAGGGUUGGGGGAUAUUUGGGGCUAAAGGGAGGGGAGCUAGUUGGGAUUUUUUCAUUUUCUAAUCAUUUGCCAAUAAUGGUUUUAGAGAAUCUUUCCUCAAACAUAUUACCACAGGAAUGAGAGACAAGUGAAAGGGGGGAGACAAGAUACCAGCCUCUGAAGGGAGACCUUGUUUCAUGGGGUGGAUUUUGGAAUAAAAAUUUCAAGAAAAAACAUGCGGGUCUGCAUAUUGAUUGCAAUGUGAGCUCAAAUCCAAGGGCAACUCCAGUCUGAAUGAGAGAACCCAGUGGGUAAUUUAUCCUCCCUAUAUAUAGGGACUUGUGUAUCCCAUGCUAUUAAAAUUUUGUACUCAGGCAAUCCAAA